AUGCGCUUCACACUUCUGAGCUUUCUUCCUGCUGCUCUUGCACUACCAGCGGCGCUUCAGUCUCACACCAAUGAGCCUGUCUACUGGCUUCUGGCAGGUGACUCUACAACAGCGACGAACGGAGGCUGGGGUGACGCUUUCCUGGCCACCACUGUUGCGGAGGGUUCUUCAGGCAAGAACUACGGACACAGUGGCGCAACAACCAAGUCGUUCCGCGCCGGCGGCGACUGGGGCAAGGUGAUUGAUGAGGUUGGCACCCACAAGGAUGACUAUCGUGUCUACGUGACUAUUCAGUUUGGUCACAAUGACCAGAAGGCUACCAGCGGUGUGACGCUUGCUGACUACAAGACGAAUCUCGCAAACUUCGCUUCUGAAGCCAGCUCAGCAGGUGCUACGCCCAUCCUCGUCACUCCCUUGACUCGCCGCACAUUCAGUGGCGGUAAAGUCGUUGAGAACCUUAUCAAUGAGACUGCUGCCACCAUCGAGGUCGCUGAAGCGAACUCUUUGCACUGGAUCAAUCUGAACGAAGCAUCCACCAAGUACGUCAACGCUAUCGGAUCGGCCGCAGCAGACAAGUACAACUUGGCUUCUGGUGACCGUACACACGUCAAUGAGUGGGGUGGUGCUGUCUUUGCAAGGAUCGUCAGUGAUCUGUUGGUUGGAAAGUAUCCUGAGGAGUUCGAGAGCGUAACCAAGAAGAACGAGACGUUAAGCGCAUUGAUUGCUGCAGGUACAGCUGCAUGA